UUAUGUAACUAGAUUACAGUCAGCAAAAGAACUGGAAAAGUAUAUUCGAUAUAAAGCAAGGCAACUCAUGCCAAAUGAGACAUUAUACAAUAGAAGAAUAGAGUAUAUUCAUGAUCACUAUUCAGGAGAAUUACGUAAAAAACUUGAAAAAUUAUAUAAGCUUUAUUACGAGUUAUCUCAAAAGGAAGAAAAAGAUGAAAUUUCUGAAAUAGAUGCAAGUGAAAUUAUUAAGG